AUGGCUUACAAUAGCAAUAAGAAGAACAACAUUGUCGUUGUGUUCGACUUCGACAAGACAAUCAUCGACGUUGAUAGCGACAAUUGGGUGGUCGAUGGACUUGGCUUCACUGAUUUGUUCAAUCAACUCCUCCCUACCAUGCCUUGGAACACACUCAUGGACCGUAUGAUGAAGGAUAUUCAUGAUCAAGGCAAAACCAUUGAAGAGAUCAAAGAAGUUCUCAAAACAAUCCCUAUCCACCCACGAGUCGUCCCUGCCAUCAAAUCUGCACAUGCUUUAGGGUGUGAGCUUAGGAUAGUGAGCGACGCCAACAUGUUCUUCAUCGAAACCAUCGUUGAGCAUCUCGGGAUUAGUGAAUACUUCUCUGAGAUCAACUCGAACCCAGGGUUCGUCGAUGAGCAUGACACGUUGAGAAUUUCUCCUUACCAUGAUUUCACCAACUCGUCCCAUGGUUGCUCGCAUCGCACGUGCCCUCCUAACAUGUGCAAGGGCUUGAUCAUUGAGAGGAUUCAAGAAUCUCUAGCUAAAGAAGGGAAGAAGAAGAUGAUCUAUUUAGGAGAUGGAGCUGGUGAUUACUGUCCAAGUUUAAAACUAAAAGCUGAAGAUUACGCGAUGCCCCGUAAGAAUUUCCCGGUUUGGGAUCUGAUUAGUCAAAAUCCUAUGCUGGUUAAAGCAGCGAUCAAAGAAUGGACUGAUGGUGAAAGCUUGGAGAGGAUAUUGCUGGGAACCAUUGAGGAGAUUCUAUUGGAGGAAGAGAACGAGAAGAAGUUGACUAGUGCGGAGAAUAACUGCAAGAUGCAGACCAUAUCUGUCGGGAUUAAUGUUCAUCAUGAGCCAAUAAUGCCCCGUGCUCUUCGAGUUUCGCAGUCUGGUUAAUUAAUUAGGUGGUUUGAUAUAACUGAUGAAGAAGAACAUUAUAUGUGGUGACUUUAUAAUUAUAAACGAUAUAUAUGACGGAUGAAGUUGUAUGA